AUGGCCAAGGUGCUUUCGAGUCGCAGCGAGGAAGGCCAGCGCAUUCAAGAAAUUGCCGACCAGAUUCCGCCGAUACCUGUGCGUGGAUUUUCGACGACAAUCCAGGCGAUCACGUACACCGUUACCAUUAUCGCCACAGGCAUCGUCUUUCUCCGUGUUUGGGUCCGAUGGAAGCUCUCCGGGCACCAUGCAUGGGGCUGGGACGACAUCUUUGCUGUCGCCGGAUGGGUUCCCCUCAUACCAUCCGUCGUUUUCCUCGUCCUCGCCACCUACUGGGGCCUAGGAGCCCAUGACGAUCACGUCCCCGAAGGCAUGCUCGAGUACUACCAAGUCCGAGUAAAGAGAUACAUGUUCUUCUUCGAACUCAUCUACUUUGCCUCGUCGGUCCUGACGAAGCUGGCCAUGGCCAUCAUGAUCUUGCGGCUCUCCUCGAAGAAAAAGUACUCGAUGAUCAUUUGGGGCAACAUGCUCGUCCUUGCUAUCAAUGCUACCGUGUGCCUGAUCAUCAUGUUCGCCAGCUGCUCGCCGGUGUCGGCGUUGUGGAAUGAGAAGCUCGGCUUUUGUCGAAUCAAGUACGGGUGGAUCAUUAUAAGCUAUGCGGGAUCUGUGGUGCUGGCGCUGGUUGACUGGACGUGUGCGAUCACGCCCUUCUUCAUGUUGCGUGAUCUGCAGAUGCCCAGGAGAAGGAAGAUCUCGGUUCAAGUCAUCCUGAGCUUGGGUAUCGUCGGGAGCGCUGCUGGGCUCGUCCGAAUGGCUUACUAUAAAGCGUAUGAUACAGAGAAAUAUCCACACGAGUCUUUACACAACUGGGGCCAUACCAUCCUUUGGUCAAUCCUCGAGGCCGGCUUGGGUAUCAUUGCCUGCUCCUUGCCUCCUCUUCGCAAACUCUUCAAGAAGUUCUACCAGGGCUCGUCUGGACAGUCAGCCAUGAUGUCAGGGAUGGGGACAAACGAUGGCGGAACCCAGCUGAGCAACCUUGGAGGAACUCCUAGCGGCAUGAAGGGCCUGCGGCGUAAGGAAGGAUCCCAAUGGGGUCGAUUGGAUGAUGAACACUCUACGUCUAGCCAGCAGCACAUUGUCAAGUCGACCCAUGUUUGUGUUGAAACGAGUAGUGCCGAUGAUGGCAAGACUUAUGACCAGGACAAGAAUGAGGCUUAUGUCUGGAGCCGAAAUGUAUAG